AUGGAUGAUAAUCUCUAUCAGUUUUUGAAUACUAACGACUUUUCUCGUUAUCUUUCAUCCCUCAUUACAAAUUUUCACUCUCAUCUCAAUCAGUACAAUGAUAACACCACUCCUGAUUCAACCAUUUCUAACAAAACCAGUGAUCAUACACUGUUAACUGAAAUCGAUACAUUGUCAUCAUUAUUCAAUGUCGUUCAAUCUCGUCUUAGUGGUUCUGCCGUUGAAUUGGUUUGUCAACAACAGAGUGUACAAGUAUGGACAGAUCUGCUGAAAUUAAUACGUUUACAUGAAAAUUGGAGUAUAAGUCCAAAUUGUUUAAAACUAUUGCAUUCAUGUUUACGUUUUAUGAAUUCUGAUCAACAGAACAGUUGUUUACAGUUUUUAAUGAACAGUAUUUUUUAUUUAAUAAAUAACGAUUACGAACAUGAUUAUAAUCAGUGGAAUUCAAACCGUCUAAGUGAAUUUGUUCACAAAGUACUAUUAAAUACAAAACUUGACUACAUUCCGCUCAACAUCGAUUGGUUGAAAAUUGAAAAUUUACUUUUACAACGACAACCUCAAAAUGAAUUAGAUUCAAAACUAGUGAUACGAUUUUGGUUAUUUUAUUCAAAAAUAAAUAACGAAUAUGAAAAAAAGCUAAUAUCAAUUCUACUACGAACGUUUGAAAGUUUAACUAAUUCAGAAUCCAUUCUAUUUAUUGAAUUGUUACUUGGUUUAUUAUGUUCCUCAUCAUCAUCACAUUUUUUAACCUAUUACUCUCAUCUUCAUUCAUUUUGGUUACUAAUUCAACGUUCAUUGGCGAAUAAUGACAAUGAUAAGUUAAGAAAAUAUGCAUUAUAUUUAUUGAAAUAUGCACUUGCAACUAAUGAAAAAGAACGAAUAGAUUUGAGAAAUGAUCAACAACACAAAUUAAUUGUGAUUGAUAAUAACAACACAAAAUUGAAACAAUUUUGGAAUGAAUUUAUUGUUAUCUAUGAAUGUGUAGAAAAUGCUACUGUUCAUUUAAUAAAAACAGUUUUGUCAAAAUUUGAUAUAUUGUUGAAAAUUACUAUCAAUGAAGAUCUUAGUUUCAAGUGGCUGUUUAUUUUACUACAACGUCUUUUUAUAAAUCCAAGUCAACUAUUAUCACGAUGGAUCGUCUACUGGUAUUUAAAUAUACGCGUUGAUGAUCGACUAUUAUGUGAUGAACAAAUUGAAGAGGUAAUUUUUUUAUCAACGUUGUUCUUGAUUGGUGUUCAAACGCAUUUUUAUUUGCAAAGUGCUGUUUUGUUAAAACUUUUGCAACAACUUCUUAUAAUCAAAUGGUCUCACAACUCGUUUGUUUAUGUCAUACGUUCUCUUCGAAUGUAUUCAUUAUUGAAUUCAUCGUUGACCAUUUUAACUGAUGAACAUAUAAAAUUAUUAUAUCUAAUUCUAACAAAGUUAUCGACAUAUGCUCCCAUAUUACGUUUAUCCAUUUAUUCAUACAUCUUGGAUAUUGUUCUUAAUCUUGUUGAUUGGACAAAUAUUUCAUUUUUUUGUUUAUUAAAUCUAUUUUCAUUAUAUGAUCGUCAAUUAUUUCUUUUGAAUGAUAAAUAUGAAUCUGUGAUACUUUUUCAUUGUUCAAAAUUAUUUUCUGUUGAUUAUUUGAAAAUGAAAAUUGAUGAAUAUUUAACAAUAACUGAAAAUAGUUUAAAUGAAGAAUCAUCUAUAUUUUCAUUUGAGACAAAUCGACCUCGUCAUCGACAAAUUGUGUUAUUAAUCGAUUUACUCAGAUUUAAUAAGAAAGAAGAAAUUAUAAAGCAAAAUUUUGAUCAUUUAUUUGAAAAUAUCAGAACAGUAUGUCAACGACCAUAUAUGUCUAAAGAACGUGUGAAUAAAUCUAUUGAACUUAUAAUGGGGUUAGACAAUGAAUUAUUUCAAAGUGAAUUAGAUAAAAAUUGGUUAACAACAAAUAUAAAAUCAAUUGUAAAUGAUGGAUUAAAUUAUAUCAAGAUGGAAUUGAUUAAACAACCAUUAGACGUACAAUAUUAUUCUAAUAAUGGCUUAGUUUUUAUUACAUAUGCAAAACGGAAUGAUUUAAUUCGGUUUCUUGACGAUAUAAUUUUUCAGAUACAAACAUUAUAUGAACAUAAUGGCGUUUGGUAUCCGUACAUAAUUUUGUUUGCCUAUUGUAUCGAGUGGACAAUGAAAUAUCGAUAUCAAGAGUUUGUUGAUUUACCAUUAAGAUAUAAAUCAAAAAGUAUUAUCGAUAAUAUUUUGGUAAUUAUACAAAAUCAUAUACCCGCAACAACUUCAAAAACAAAUAAUUUAUUAUCAAUUAUGUUGAAAGCAAAAUAUUUACUCAUUUUGAAUGAUAUUGGUCUAAAUUCUUCAAUUGAAAUAUCCUCUAUUUUCAUAGAUGAUCUUCAUAAAGCAUCACUCAAAGAAUUAAAUGUACUUUUUCGAGCAUUAGCAAAAUUAUUACAAACAGAUCGUCCAGUUGAUGAAAAAUGUAAUUUGCUUAGUAAUUCACUAUCAGUAAUGAAUGAAUUAGAUCAUCGUAAUGCUUUAUUUUGGCCAAGUUUAUCAGCUCUUUGUCUAUCAUUAAUUGAAAUAAUAAAUAAUCCAUCCUAUGAAUUAUUGUUAACAGAGUGGUUUGAUAAUGUUUUGGAACGUAGCGAUCCGUCACCGGUCCCGAAAGGCGAAUAUCGUUAUGACUGUAAUGUUCGUGUUAUAGUUCAACUAUUUCUUCUUGAAUUAUUUCCAUCACUAACUGAAGAUCAACAAUCAAAUUUUAUAUUAAAAUUAAUUGAUAAACAUCGUCAGAUAUCGUCUCGUGAACGAAAACUUCGUUAUUGUAUGAAUUCAAGUGAACAUCGACAGACACUUCGUUUAUUACAAUGUUUACUAUGUUUAACAAGUAUCAUUAAAAACUCUAAUUUAUUGAAAUUGAUCUAUGAGUACAGUAUUGAAACAUUGACCAUAGAAAAUGAACCAUCAUUACGAAUUAUUGCUGAAUGGAUUAUUACGCGAUUUUUAAUAACAAAACAAGCACAUUUGACCGAUUUAUAUGAACAAUUGAGGAUGGCUCAUAAACAACGUGUUGGAAGUUUAUGUUCUUGGUUAUCAGUUGUAUCACAUCUGGCAUUAUUUUUAGAAGAAAAUCGCCAAAUCAAUUAUUUUACUACUGUAUUUGAAUUGAUUCUUCCACUAUUAAUUCAUUCCAAUUUUCAUGUACGCAUAUUUUCUUGUGCAACAUUAAUGAAAUUAUUAAAUCAAAUUGAAAAUUUACAAUUAGAAAAUGCAACACAAUAUAAUAAUUUCAAAUGGAUAAAACAAUGCGAUCCUAAAUCAGAACUUGGCCGCUAUGCAUCAAAAUUGGAAAGCAUGUUUUUAUAUAAAUUUGAUCCAAUUCGAGAUUUUUCUCUUGAAACAAUUUAUUCCAUAUUACCUCGAUUAUCUUUAAUUGCUGAUGAUGAAUGGUUAAUGCCAGUAUGGUUCGAAGAAGGUUUGAAAAUAUUGUCAAUCAAUGAACUUUCUAUUUCGAUCAAUCAACAAUCAUCUAUUUUAACUACAUGUGAACCAGGAAUAUGGAAACUAACAGCAUCCAGAAAAUUAGAUGAAAAUACAUCCAAACAAGAUGAUACACUAUUAGAUAAUGAUUUGACAACAAAUGUUCAACGAAAAAUUACACCGUGGAUUGCUGUGCAUCCGGAUGAGAAUGAAAAUGAGUUAAAAAAUGAUUUGAAACGAAGUGAAUUAAUUGUUGUCGCUUCAUUAAUUGACAAACAAACAAAUCUUGGAGGUUUGUGUCGUACAAGUGAAAUCUUUGGCGUCAAGGAAUUCGUUCUUAGUAAUAUUCGUAUAUUAGACGAUAGUCAAUUUUUAAGUCUAAGUAUGACAAGUCAUCUAUGGCUCGAUAUCAAAGAAGUACCAGUAAAUAGUCUAAAAACGUAUAUAUCUGAAAUGAAAUCAAAAGAUUAUACAAUAAUUGGUGUUGAACAAACAGUAAAUAGUCGUCGUUUAUACGAGUAUGAAUUUCCCGUCAAAUCACUUUUAUUAUUAGGAAAUGAAUGUGAAGGAAUACCGGCACAAUUGCUAAAUCUAAUGGAUGUUGCUGUUGAAAUACCUCAAGCUGGUAUCAUUCGUUCAUUGAAUGUUCACGUGAGCGGAGCGCUUGUUAUAUCUGAAUAUGCUAAAAGACAUCUUUAUACACAAUAA